UGUAUAUGCCCUCGGACACAGCGGAUCACCGAUCCACGGAAAGAGCCGAAGAUGUCGGCUCGGUCAUGUGAUCAGCUGUAUCCAAUCACAGCUAAUCACACUGAUCAUCAGGGCACUGAUGAUCAGUGUGCCCUGAUGAUCAGUGUAGCCCCAGCAGCGCCACCUGUCAGUGUCCAUCAGUGCCUUCUGUCAGUGCUCAUCAGUGCCUCGUGCCAGUGCCCAUCAGCGCCACAUCAAUGCCACAUUAUCAGUGCCCAUCUGAGCUGCCUUUCAAUGUCACCCAUCAGUGCCAGUCAGUGCCACCAAUCAGUGCCAGUCAGUGCCGCCUAUCAGUGCUGCCUUUCAGUGCCCAUCAGUGAUGCC